AUAGUUACCAUUGUCGGUACGUGGUAUAUUCGAUGCAUUAAAUUAAUGGUACGGUUUGAGGCAUGCGUCUGCACCCCUAGUUUUAUCACGAGUCCGGUGAUCUGUGGUGUGCUAAAUGAGACGGCACUGUUGUGAAUGUAAAAGGGCUGACUGGGUUUGUGUUUUUAUGAAUGGAGGAGGAAACUCGUGUCGUGUGAGACUCACCGUUCAAAAACCUGUUGUUUUUCAUUUCAACCAGCAGGGGGAAUUUCGGAGAUGCUGCUUUUGUGAGCGGGGUCGUUGCUUUUGAAGAAAGUGGCGACACAGAAACAUUAAAGAUUGCAAUACAGCGACAGAGGAAUGCUUCAAAAUCAUCACCGUCUGUAAAAGAAUAAAGUGAUGCUUAACAAGGAUUGAUUAUGGAACUUUUGCAGUGUUAACAGCGACCCGCCUUUGAGCAUUCAUUUUGGAUUUUAAAAAGCCUUUUUUUUCUACACCAUUAGACUGGACGAUUUUUUUUAAAGGAGAACCAGAUUGUUUUUCCUCAAAAAAAAAAAAAAAAAAAAAGUUAAUGUAGUUUUCGAAUCUGUGUAUAUUACUCAAUACCUAAUUAACUAUAUGUAUAGACCUAUAGAUUAUUUAGAUUUAUUUUUAUGUCGCAAUAAAGUAGAUGCAUAUUUUUGUGUACUGUACAUAGAUCUGGAUAUAUUUUAGUUGAGUUUGAACAAGUUUUUAAAUGUGACGUUUUUUCACAAACUGAAUUAAGACGCUAUUAUUAUUAUUAUUAUUAUUAUUAUUAUUAUUAUUAUUAUUAUUAUUAUUAUUAUUAUUUUUUUUAAAUAGACUGCAUUUUGCUUCAAGAAAAAAGGAAGACUUUGGAUAGUUACUAAAUCUAAAGAAUGGCAGCGCACCUAACGGCAGAAGAAGAACAGGCUACAAAGCAGUUCCUAGAGGAAAUCAGCAAGUGGACGACACAGCACAGAGUCUCCCCACUCUCCUGGAAUGUGGCCGUCAAGUUCCUCAUGGCCCGAAAGUUUGACGUCCUGAGAGCCAUCGAACUGUUUCACUGCUACAGGGAGACUCGCCUGAAGGAAGGAAUCGUGAAGCUCAAACCACAGGAGGAGCCGCUGCGCUCAGAGCUGCUGAGCGGCAAGUUCACAGUGCUGAGUGUUCGAGAUCCAUCCGGUGCCUCCAUCGCCCUCUUCACAGCCAAGCUGCAUCACCCCCACAAGAUGGGGCACCAUGUGGUCCUGCAGGCCUUGUUCUAUCUGUUGGACCGAGCCGUGGAGAGCUUUGAAACCCAAAGGAAUGGCCUGGUGUUUAUAUAUGACAUGGCUGGCUCCAAUUACACUCACUUCGAACUGGAUCUCAGUAAAAAGAUCCUGAGCUUGUUGAAGGGUGCCUUCCCGGCCCGACUGAAGAAGGUGUUUAUUGUGGGGGCGCCUGUCUGGUUCAGAGUGCCCUACAACCUGCUGAGUCUGCUACUGAAGGAGAAGCUGCGCGAGAGGGUUCAAAUGGUGAAGAUGGCUGACCUGCGGCAGCACAUGCCCCGUGACUGCCUUCCUGAGCACCUGGGUGGGGUGCUGGCUCUGGACCCCCUGGGCUGGAACCGGCAGCUGCUGGCUGGGCAGAACGGCCACGCAGACCCCCUGGAUGAGCUGGUGGCAGUGCCCACAGGGCCGAGUCGCGAGGAGCCGUCCGUCCACACCCCUGGCCUGGAGUCCAUGACCCUGCAGGAGCUGGUGGAGCAUCUGAGGCUGGUGCCGCGCACUGGGAUCUAUGAGGAGUACGAUGAGAUCCGCCGUGAAGCCCCUCCUGGCACCUUCAACUGCGCCCUAGCUGCUUGUAACCAGGACAAGAAUCGCUACGGGGACGUUCUCUGUCUGGACCAGACAAGGGUUCGACUGAAGACUGGAAGAAAUGAGAAGUCCGACUAUAUAAAUGCCAGCUUCAUGGACGGUUACAAGCAGAAAAAUGCCUACAUCGGUACUCAAGGACCCCUGGAAAACACUUAUCCUGAUUUCUGGAGGAUGAUUUGGGAGCAGAACGUGUUAGUCAUCGUCAUGACCACCAGGACAGACGAAGGAGGUCGGAAGAAGUGCGGUCAGUACUGGCCCCUGGAGAUGAACGGACAAGAGGUGUACGGCCAUAUUGCAGUGGUGAACCAGAGAGUGGACAACCACAGCCACUAUAACCUGACCACUCUGGAGCUGCACAACACAGAAACCUGUGAGCAGCGACAGGUGACCCACUGCCAGUACCUGAGCUGGCCGGAUUAUGGGGUACCGAGCUCAGCCGGAACACUCCUAGACUUCUUGGGUGUCGUGAAGCGGCAACAGAAGCAGGCGGUCAAGGCCCUGGGCCCUCCAUGGAAGGGCCAUCCAGCAGGGCCACCUAUAGUCGUCCACUGCAGUGCUGGAAUCGGCAGAACAGGUACUCUGUGUGCUCUGGAUAUCUGCCUGUCCCAGCUGCAGGAUGUGGGAACCCUCAACAUUUACCAGACAGUACGGAGAAUGAGGACUCAGCGUGCCUUCAGCAUCCAGACCAGCGACCAGUACUACUUCUGCUACACCUCCAUCCUGGAGUACGCCCAGCGACAGGGGGCCCUCACAGCCAAUCAGUAAGGACUCCCACCACCCCACACCCCCAAGCGCUGGACCAAUCACAAGACUGACCAAAUCACUCCCUCUCUGGCAGAGCCACCAAUGGGCAGACCAAUCAUGUUUCAGACUGAGCAAAAUAUGUGAGUCCCCUAACCAAAAAAAAACAAGCGUCAUCAGCCAGUUGUAACAGCAGGAGCAACUCAUUUAUGGGACACCCUUGAUUGAAUAGAAAAGUAAACCAGUCUUGCCUUUUGAAAUAGGACUCAGACAUGCAGCUCAGCAAACUGUCCUUGUUAUUGUGCAUUGAUAUAGAAUGUUGUGGAGAUUAUUGUUCACUUUUGUUGUUUAUUGUUGAAAUGUUCAUCUUUGUGACUAACAGGCUCACUCUAUAUUAUGACAUCCCAGACAAAUCCCUAGAACCAGAAUACUAAAGAAUAAGAAACCUGGCUAUAUACAGUAUGGUAUGUUAAGGUUUCUUAACAUGUGGGAACAAUUAACUGCUACAGCAAAAGACGUUGCAAAAUAGCAGUCAUUGACAGCUACUGCAUGAAAGAACCACACAAAACUAUUUUUGUAUGGGUGGCUUUAAUUUCGAACAGUCAGAAGCCACUAUUACAAGUUAUUAGAUGUCACUUUCUGGGUUUAUUAUCUUUCAACAGAUUACUUUAGAAAAUCUCAUACAUCUGCACUAAACUUGUAGUUACUCUCUUGUGGUUUGACUCGAUGUGCUGUGAAUGACACUAGAGAAAGGAUGGAAAUGAGACUUGAACCCAUUGCAUUGCAAUUGAAUUCAAUCUUAAUUAGUACUUUCGAAUGUAUUGGGUAAAUAUCUGGCAUUGUUAAGCUUGCAGUAAAGAUUUGAAGAGUUACAGAACACCCAGCAAAGGGAAUGUGUUUCUUGUAAACUCCAGGGAGUUCUGUAACACUCUAAAUGGACGGCUGUGAAAUGGGACUCCUUAUUUCCAUCCCUGCUAUGGUAAUUUGCUGCUGUUGUAAACAAACCUUUCUUGUAAUGCUUUGUAAAGUUUCCUAACUCUCUAUGCCUGUUUGUAUUCCUCCCAGACCCUCCUCUUGUAUAUUCAUCCCCAUUUGUACCCCUUCCAGACCCCCAGAUCCCUCCCAGACCCUUCUCUUGUAUAUUCAUCCCCGUUUGUAUCCCUCCCAGACCCUCCUCUUGUAGAUUCAUCCCCGUUUGUAUCCCUCCCAGACCCUCCUCUUGUGUUUUCAUCCCCGUUUGUAUCCCUCCCAGACCCUCCUCUUGUAUUUUCAUCUCCCUGUUUGUAUUCCUCCCAGACCCCCAGACCCUCCUCUUGUGUUUUCAUCUCCCUGUUUGUAACCCUCCCAGACCCCCAGACCCUCCUCUUGUAUAUUCAUCCCCAUUUGUAUCCCUCCCAGAUCCCUCCCAGACCCUUCUCUUGUGUUUUCAUCCCCGUUUGUAUCCCUCCCAGACCCCCAGAUCCCUCCCAGACCCUCCUCUUGUAUAUUCACCCCCGUUUGUAUCCCUCCCAGACCCCCAGAUCCCUCCCAGACCCUCCUCUUGUGUUUUCAUCCCCGUUUGUAUCCCUCCCAGACCCCCAGAUCCCUCCCAGACCCUCCUCUUGUGUUUUCACCCCCGUUUGUAUCCCUCCCAGACCCCCAGAUCCCUCCCAGACCCUCCUCUUAUGUUUUCAUCCCCGUUUGUAUCCCUCCCAGACCCCCAGAUCCCUCCCAGACCCUCCUCUCUUGUUUUCAUCCCCCUGUUUGUAUCCCUCCCUUGUGUUUUCAAAUCCCAGCCACACUCAAGAUGUGGUGCCUCCACACCAAUGCCAGUCUUGCCUGUAGAAACUAAGUAAUUAACUUUUAUGAAGGAAUGAGGGGCUGUUGAAAAUGCAGUUUUUAUCCCAUGUCUACAUUUGUAGGAUUGCUCGUGUUUAAAAGAGGUGGGACUGAAGCAAGUUCAGGCUCCCACAGUCACACUGGGUCAGAGGUGUGAAUUUCAGAUAAACCUGGCCUGGCUGUGAAAGGCUAUGUUAGACCACCAUCAGUGACUCUAUUGUCAAAAGCCUUGAUAUUAGCCUGAAUUAUAUAUACAGUCUGCAAAAGUGUUUUAAUGCAUUUACUUUUGCAUUGUAACAUUAGUGCCACUUUAUAAUAAGUGUGAGUAAUUGUAAUUAUGUAUGAACUUGCACAUGGUUUCUUAGUGAAUUCAUAUUGAAUUCAUAUCAAGUACAUUUCUUUUCAUGACCCAUUCCAUACUCCACCAUAAAAUGAUUUUAUUGUGAAAAGAAAUGUAUUUUUCAAGUGUGACCAGUUUCUUUUUGCUUUUGUUUUAAAAUAAUACAAUAUUUUAGUUUAUAUAUAUUCUAUUGUGAAAUAUCUUCAGGAAGGUCUGUUUUUUAUAUAGCUUUAUUAUUAUAUAGUGUAUAUAUAUAUAGCCACAGUAUUUUAUAUUUUACCAUGUUCAAUUGAGACUUUAACAAUAAAUACUGUAGAAUUAAACUUAUUUCCUCCCAUGUUUCAAUUCCACGGUAUUCAAACUUGAAUCCCAUUUUAAGAGUCUAUGAAGGGAGAUGGUUAAAUUGCAUAGAGUAGUGAUGACCAAUAAAAAAAACGUGCCUUUACUUUGUGGUAUGGUGAAUACCUUUUAUAUCUCCCCAGCUGAUGCAAACUCCAAUAGAUAUUGCACCUCCAGCAGGUGUGAUAUGCAUUAUAAUAAUCUAAUAUCGAUAUAUUUACUUUAAUAAUAUCAUUGUUUUAAAACAACUGAUGAAUGGAUAUUACUUCCUCCAUUUAAAGUGUGGAAUAAUUUAGGCAUAUUCAAUAUAUAUAUUUGUGAAAUCUCAUAGGAAGGGAGUUAGGUAACGCAAUGAGAUUCCCUUUCUGAAGCCUGGCUUAAUUCACAGGUACAUUCUAUAGUUUUGAUUCAGCUCCUUGGUGCACUGAAGUCUCUGUGCAAUUAUCAGGCUCUGUUGAGACCCAGGACAUUCUGUUGCAUGUUUGGAACCAGACAUAUGCAACAAGUAUGUACAGUAUUUACUUUUGUUCUCCAUUUGCAGUGUCCUUUUCCACAAGCUCCUAGAUCCCCAAAUGCUGUUGCUUGUUGGGUAAGAGGUUCACUGGACUGAACUGAAAAUCAAUAUACAGGGAAUGCCCACAGAAGUGAAGCAUCUCCCUUAGAGUGUAUAUCUUUCAAUGUCAUUUCAAUCGCUGUCUAGUGUUUGCAGUCAUUCCGAGUUGUUCUGUCGCUCCAAUGAGUCAUUACCAUGUUCCUCUAAUCUGUCUUUACCUGUCUGGUGACAAUCUGACCUUCCAGCUCCCCUAACCCUACCAUUUCUAUAUGUACCAUAGACCGUAUAUGUAUGUAGGUGGGGCUGGCAGAGUUGACAUAUUGUCCCAUGAUUUGACAGUGAGGAAGGCUGUUAAAUCCUGACACUAAGGAUAUGCCAGACAAGCUCACAGCAACGGAAAGCCAGGUAAAGAUAGAUUAGAGGCACUGAAGAAACAGAACCCUCAACGAGUCGAAAUUGUUGCAAACCCCAGAUAAGUCAAGCAAUGCACAAUGGCAUUUGAAGCGACCUGGAGUUUUCAUGUUUUUCUAUUAAUGUGUAUUUUUACAGUGUAGCGCAGUAAUAAAAAAGCAACAUAUCUGAUUUGAAUAUGACGGACAGUGAUGACACAGUGCUGAGUGUAUGCUCGCUGUGGUUCUUUUAUUUUCACUGUGACUCAGGUGAAGCGCUUUCAGCCGCUCACAACACUAACAGUUUGAGGGAAUUCAUUGGUUUCCUGCCCCCGUUCACUUCCUGUGGUAAACCUGGCCCCACAUAGAACAAAAUGACUAACCUUUCAUUGACCCAGAAAGUGUAAGUGUAAACAGAUAUGCUGAGAAUAAGUCAUACAAAUUUAGAACUUCCUUUAACCAAAAAAUAAUACCAGAGGUCAAGCAGAAAAUACAUGUUUGCUAUAGCAUGUGUUUAUUUAAAAACUGCACAUUUGAGAACUAUGUACAAUUUAUGAAUGUAUUAUGUUAGCUAUAAUUUACUUGAACAUUUUAAUUUCAAAACUCAGAACAUGGAUUGCUUAGUUCACUUUGUCAUGUUGGUAUCCAAUCAUGAAUUCCGGUUUAAUUCAAAAUGAUAGUGCUUGUUAGCUUUUGUGACAUAGACAUUACUUAUUUAAUUGUGCUGUAGCCCUGAUGUAGAUGUAGUUUUAAUUGUGGACUUGGAUUGCAAAACACUCGUUGACAAACAAUUCUAUUCCUGAUGUUUUAAUCGUUAUUUAUAAUUUGGGAAUAUCCCACAAGGACAGAGAUUACUGUACUUCAAGUGUGCAGAAGUAUGCUUGAAGUGCAUUCUGAGGACAGUUGCUGGAUACUGCAUUGUACCAGUAACAUAAAAAUGCCUUGGAAUUGUGUUAAGCAUAUAUUUUUAAUAUAAAUAUUUCGUUGAUGUUUUUCAAGUUUUUUUUUUUAAGACAUAUCGGAGUUUAAUAGUCAAUAAGAUACAGAAUGCAAUGUGGAGCAUCAAAGGAGGUGGAGCUCACAAUUGGGUGAAGAAAAAACACGUGAAAUGAUAAUACCCUUUUUUUUAAAAAAGAUGCAAUAUAAUAAUUAGCCACCAGGUGGCGCCAGUUGCUAAUAUAAAUUCCAGUGGUGUAAGCCCUGAUACAGAUUUUUUUUUUUUUUUCACAAUUUUUUAUUCAGGUAUUUGCCCAAUUGACAGUUUCUGUACUGUUUAAGCAUGUAUGUCUUGUGCCAAAUGCAUAGAUGAAUUCUAGAAACCAAUUUACAUGAAGAAAGUAAAUGCUGUGUUAAAAACUCAAAAUUACUAAAACAAUGAAACAAACUGUAACAAAACAAACACUUUACUGAUUUUUUUUUUGGCUGACGUCUUUGGUUUAGUUUCAACAUUUUCGACUGGUUUCACAGAGUCCGGCUGUCACUAAACUUGAACUACCUUGCCCAGCAGCCAGUUCACCAUUAAAAAAUCUGUGCGAUUCUGAGAAACCAGCCUUUUGUGAAAAGCUAAACAUUGAAAAGUAGCAUUCUAUUGACAACUUGUGUGUUUAUUUACUGUAUAUAUUCAUUUGGCUAUUUCUUUGUCAAUUCAGUUUUCAAAUUAUAACGGAAACUCCUAUAUUUGCAUAAUAAAUAAGCUUAGCUAUGCUGCAACUAAAAGUGUUUUUGUGGUAAUCUAGUGUACUUCUUUGUGAGAAAAGGUUAUGCAAAAAAAAAAAAAAAAAACAAUCUAAGUAGAGUUAUGACUUCAAAAACAAAUGCCUUAAUUGUAUGCCACAUAAACCUCAUUGUAAGCUAUUAGUGAUCCGAUGAUCUUGGGCACCCAAGUGAAGUGGCUUCUUUCUUUAGGGCUAGUAUGUUAUGCCAGCAAAGCUGACUGUAUAACAAAAAGAAGCAUCCAUCUACAGUAUCUGCAUGGACCUAUGCUGUUUAAACCACUUGCUUUGAUGUUGCUCUAUUUAUUAUUGUUCUUUUGUAUUUUGUAUCCAGUUGCAAUCAUUGUAUUCCUUUCUAUUCUCCAGUGCAAAGUAAUGUACUAUUUAUUUUUAUGUCAAUAAAAACAGUAUACCAAUA